UGUCAGCAGAACAAAUUAACCUCUCUUUUGCUCGGGAAGAUGUAUUUGUAGUUGUACUUGUACCUACCAUCUUCUAAUUUUUGCUGAUAUCUCUCUAUAGCCUUAUAUAUUCAUCAUUAUCCAUGAAUAGCAUCUUUAGAUUUUGUCACAGUUCAGCUAAUUCAAAGCCAAGGAAGGAGAAGGAGACAGAAAUCGCUAAAAAAACAGAGGAGAAUAUUAAUAAUAAUAGUAUUAUGGCGUUGAAAGAGACAUUCUACAUAUCCCAUGGAUCACCAACUCUAGCAAUAGAUGAUAGCAUCCCAGCAUGGAAGUUCUUGAAUUCAUGGAAGGAGGAGGUGUUUCCACAUCGACCCUCUUCCAUCCUCAUCAUCUCCGGCCACUGGGACACCCAUGUCCCCACCGUCAACGCCGUUGACCGGAAUGACACCAUCUACGAUUUCUAUGGUUUCCCCAAAAACAUGUACAAGCUCAAGUACCCAGCACCAGGUGCUCUACACUUGGCAAAGAGGGUGAAGGAACUACUCACAGCAUCAGGGUUCAGCCGUGUGGAUGAAGAUAGGAAACGUGGGCUUGACCAUGGAGCUUGGGUUCCUCUCAUGUUGAUGUACCCAGAUGCAGACAUCCCAGUGUGUCAACUCUCAGUCUCAUCAAGCAUGGGUGGUACUUAUCACUAUGAAAUGGGAAAGGCAUUGGCUCCUCUUAAGGAUGAAGGUGUUCUGAUCAUUGGUUCUGGGAGUGCUACCCAUAACCUCAGAGCAAUUGGACCUCGCAAUAGCCCUCCUCCUCCCUGGGCAGUGGACUUCAUGUCAUGGUUAAAAAGCUCUCUUCUUCAUGGAAGAUAUGAAGAAGUAAAUCAAUAUGAAGAGAAGGCGCCAUAUGCAAAAAUGGCUCAUCCAUGGCCGGAUCACUUCUUCCCAUUACAUGUGGCAAUGGGGGCAGCUGGGGAAAACGCGAAGGCCAAAGUUGUGCAUGAUAGUUGGGAUGGUGGUUCUAUUUCUUAUGCUUCAUUUGGUUUUACAGCAGACAAUACUAGUUGAUGCAACAUAUUCAUAGCUUCAGAUAUUGUUUCUGGAUUUAUAAAUUACACAUGAGCUGCCUAUUUCUAGUUUUAAAAGGGGGCUAGUUUGCCUUUGUGAUACCAUCGUGACUCAUUUGUUCAAUUCAAUAUUUGUUCAAUUCAAUCUUCUCAAUCUUUGGAAGUUACAA